AGGAGUUACACAUUACAUUACAUGUACUAAAUUUAGAGGAAUCACGGAAUAACCAGAUCUAGCCAGCCCAACCCAACAAAGUUUAUCCCAAAGAGAGAAUAGGGCCAAAGUUCUAUGAACCACUCGAACGCUCGAACACUCAACUCACGGUUUCAUCUCUCUUCCACUCCCACUUCCACUUCCGGUUCCUAGGUCACAAAUAUUCCCACACACGAACAAACUUUUAACUUCAAUCUCCAAAUCUCGAAACAUCUUGAUUUGAAACAUCAUCCCACACUACCGAGAAGAACUCUGUGGCCUCAAUUAUCCAUUCUUUCGCAGAUUCAGAUCCCGCUCAUCCAUCCAUCCAAUAACUCGUUGUCGACUAUCGUUCAUUAUUUGUUGCCUCGGUCGACAGGCAUUCGAACUACAGAAUUAUCACUGAAGCUAGGGGUGAAACUAUCUCAUGACCCUCCACGUUUACCUGCGAACAUCACAAUCAAUCUUUUUGCGAAGGACGCUUCACGGUGACAAUUAGCUUAACAGAAGCUCGACGUAUAAAUUUGCGCCAAAUUUACAGCCUUGCGCUUCCCUCACUUUGAUAUUGUUACGACGUCUUUGUCGAGCGUGAGCUCAAAGGCUCAACGAACCAGAUAAAUUUGCAACAAAAUUAGGAGCGGGAACUCGACUUUGCGCCGUCAGGAUGUUGGAAGACAAGUACGUCAAUAAUGUCUGGAAGACGCUCAAUCGCGCAGAAUUGUGCCAGUGCUUUCAACAGGCAGAGACUGACUGGUGAUAAAGAUACAUAGGGCUGGCGUUAGCCGUUACCUCAACUAUGGCGAUAGGUAUGAGUCUACAAGUCAUAGGAGGGAAGACAGAUUGAGGCUAAUAUUAUGGCUUCUUCUUUGCAGGCACAAGUUUUGUCAUCACUAAAAAGGUACGAUUCGUACAUUCACGUCUAAAAUUCAGCCACGAUAAUUUACUGACAGCUUCCUUAGGGGCUAAUGGAUGCCGAAGAAAGACACGGCUUCGAGGGAGACGGGUUCACAUAUCUGAGGAGUCCGAUAUGGUGGGGUGGCAUAAUAGCAUGUAUGUGUGAAUAUGCAUACAGCGCGGGGAAAUUAGCUAAUAGGAUGUGAACAGUAAUUGUGGGAGAAAUAGCAAAUUUUGCAGCGUAUGCGUUCGCCCCAGCGAUUCUGGUCACGCCUCUCGGAGCGCUCAGUGUCUUGAUUGGAGCGGUGCUAGGGUCAUACUUUCUGGAAGAGAAACUGGGUACCUUGGGGAAAUUGGGCUGCGCAAUAUGCUUGAUAGGAUCAGUCAUUAUUGUCCUCCACGCGCCUCCGGACAAGGAGAUCAAGAGAAUAGACGAGAUUCUUCACUAUGCUAUUCAGCCGGGUAUGCCGAAACAACACUCUCUUUUACAGGAAGAUACUGAUAUUUACAGGAUUUCUUUCGUUUUGCCUCUUUGUUGCAGUUUUUGCAGUCAUUAUGAUUUACAGAGUCGCCCCAAAAUAUGGCAAGAAGAAUCCGCUCGUGUAUUUGUCGAUUUGUUCAACCGUUGGCGGUAUCUCAGUCAUGUCAGUCAAGGCAUUUGGUAUCGCGGUGAAAUUGACAUUGGGUGGUGAAAAUCAAUUCAUCUAUCCCUCUACCUACGUUUUCAUUAUUGUAACUGUAGUCUGUAUUUUGACACAGAUGAAUUACUUCAAUAAGGCGCUGAGCCAGUUCCCCACUUCCAUGUAAGUCAUGCCCAUUUUUGCGUUCGUACAUUUAAUCUGACUUCUACUAGCGUAAACCCACUUUACUACGUCUGUUUUACGACCGCAACACUUACUGCUUCGUUUAUUUUGUAUGGCGGUUUUAACACUUCUGAUGCGGUCAACACGAUUUCACUUCUAUGCGGAUUUCUCGUCAUUUUUACAGGAGUCUACCUACUGAACGUCUCGAGGACUGACCCCGAAGGAAACAAGAUAAUGUCCGGUGCAGACGGCAUUGCGACUGACCCUCUUUCUGGCAUAUCAACGAGACGAAGUAUGCAAGCGCGACGAAGCAAUGAUCCACACAGGAUGAGCAUGGGAAGCAAUGGGUAUGGUCGAGGAGACAGAGAAGGGCUGAUCCACGCGUACGACGAAGAAGAGAACGCAGGGUUUGGUCUUGCGGACCUAGGAGAAGACAGCGAUGACGAUCCACUACCGCCGCGAGCUGUGAAUGGAAAAAUCAAUGGACAUGGCAGUAAAAGGAGUAUCAGCGAGCCAUCAGAACAGAGGAGGCCGAGCAGAUCAUCCACCCGGUGACCUUUUUCAUAAUAGUAAUAAUAGCUGAUUUGAUGUGACGACACACGUUUCGAGACUACUUUGCGGAAAAGCUUAGGCUGCAUAUGCUAUUGCAAGGGUUGCAAUCCCCCAUGUGCUCUUUUCCUUUUUUUUUUUCAUUAGAAUAUCAUUUUGGUGGCAGGCUGGUCUGCUGGCUAGGGCCGUAUUUCAAAGUACGACUGCAUGAGGUUCAGGCGUUUGGGUUGCUAUCCUGUACAAAAGGAGACGGAAAGGAAAGACAUCUGUACGAUAUAUACCU